AUGGGCUUCCUGCACCAGCUGCAGCUGCUGCUCUGGAAGAACGUGACGCUGAAGCGCCGGAGCCCGUGGGUCUUGGCCUUCGAGAUCUUCAUCCCGCUCGUCCUGUUUUUCAUCCUGCUGGGGCUUCGGCAGAAGAAGCCCACCAUCUCUGUGAAGGAAGUCUCCUUCUACACGGCGGCGCCCCUCACCUCCGCCGGCAUCCUGCCAGUCAUGCAGUCGCUGUGCCCCGACGGCCAGCGGGACGAGUUCGGCUUCCUUCAGUAUGCCAACUCCACGGUCACACAGCUGCUGGAGCGCCUCAACCGCGUGGUGGAGGAGGGCAACCUGUUUGACCCGGCGAGGCCCAGCCUGGGCUCGGAGCUGGAGGCGCUGCGCCAGCACCUGGAGGCCCUCAGCGCCAGCCCGGACCCCUGGGACAGCCGCGCAGCCCGACCUGCAGUGUCCUCCUUCUCUCUGGACUCAGUGGCCAGGGACCCGCGGGAGCUGCGGCGCUUCCUGACACAGAACCUGUCACUGCCUGAUAGCGCGGCCCAGGCUCUGCUGGCUGCCCAGGUGGACCUGCCCGAGGUCUAUCGCCUGCUUUUUGGCCCUUCACCUGGCUUGGACGGGGGUUCAGGGCCCCCCAGGAAUCAGCAGCCCCUGUUCCAGAUGGAGGAGCUGCUGCUGGCCCCUGCCCUCCUGGAGCAGCUCACGUGCAUGCCAGGCUCCAGGGAGCUGGGCCGGGUCCUCACUGUACCCCGGGGUCAGCAGACAGCGCUGCAGGGAUACCGGGAUGCGGUCUGCAGAGGGCAGGCUGCAGCACGUGCUCACCGUUUCUCGGGGCUGGCUGCUGAGCUCCGGAACCAACUGGAUGCAGCCAAGAUCGCCCAGCAGCUGGGCCUGGACACCCCCAGUGGCUCUGCUGCCCCACAGCAGCCACCACCCCCACCGCGGCUGCAGGCGCUCCUGGAGGACCUGCUGGACGCCCAGAAGGUCCUGCGGGACGUGGACGUCCUCUCAGCCCUUGCCCUGCUGCUGCCUCAGGGCGCCUGCGCAGGCCGGGCUUCUGGGCCCGCAGCCAGUGGCCCUGGUGGGGUGGCCAACAGCACCGGGGCUGGGGCAGGCCCCAGCUCCAACAGCACGGCUGAGGAGGGGGCCCCGUCCGCUGCAGCCCCGGCCCCCUCGGACGCGCUGCAGGGCCAGUGCUCAGCUUUCGUGCAGCUCUGGGCCGGCCUGCAGCCCAUCCUGUGUGGCAACAACCGCACCAUCGAGCCCGAGGCGCUUCGAAGGGGCAACAUGAGCUCCCUGGGCUUCACGAGCAAGGAGCAGCGGAACCUGGGCCUCCUCGUGCACCUCAUGACCAGCAACCCCAAGAUCCUGUACGCGCCCGCGGGCUCUGAGGCAGACCGUGUCAUCCUCAAGGCCAAUGAGACCUUCGCCCUUGUCGGCAACGUGACUCACUAUGCCCAGGUGUGGCUCAACAUCUCAGCGGAGAUCCGCAGCUACCUGGAGCAGGGAAGGCUGCAGCAACACCUGCGCUGGCUGCAGCAGUACGUGGCCGAGCUGCGGCAGCACCCGGAGGCCCUGAGCCUGUUGCCCGAGGAGCUGCCACCUGCCCUGCGCCAGGACAACUUCUCACUGCCCAACGGCUCGGUCCUCUUGCAGCAGCUGGACACCAUCGACAAUGCGGCCUGCGGCUGGAUCCAGUUCAUGUCCAAGGUGAGUGUGGACAUCUUCAAGGGUUUUCCAGAUGAGGAGAGCAUUGUCAACUACACCCUUAACCAGGCCUACCAGGAUAAUGUCACCGUAUUCGCUAGUGUGAUCUUCCAGACCCGCAAGGACGGUUCCUUGCCGCCCCACGUGCACUACAAGAUCCGCCAGAAUUCAAGCUUCACGGAGAAAACCAACGAGAUCCGCCGGGCCUACUGGCGGCCGGGGCCCAACACCGGCGGCCGCUUCUACUUUCUAUAUGGCUUCGUUUGGAUCCAGGACAUGAUGGAGCGCGCCAUCAUCGACACCUUCGUGGGCCACGACGUGGUGGAGCCCGGCAACUACGUGCAGAUUCCCUAUCCCUGCUACACACGGGACGACUUUCUGUUUGUCAUCGAGCACAUGAUGCCUCUCUGCAUGGUGAUCUCCUGGGUCUACUCUGUGGCUAUGACCAUUCAGCACAUCGUGGCCGAGAAGGAGCACCGGCUGAAGGAGGUGAUGAAGACCAUGGGCCUGAACAACGCGGUGCACUGGGUGGCCUGGUUCAUCACGGGCUGCGUGCAGCUCUCCAUCUCGGUGACGGCGCUGACCGCCAUACUCAAGUACGGCCAGGUCCUUGCCCACAGCCACGUGCUCAUCAUCUGGCUCUUCCUGGCUGUCUACGCGGUGGCCACCAUCAUGUUCUGCUUCCUGGUGUCCGUGCUGUACUCCAAGGCCAAGCUGGCCUCGGCCUGCGGCGGCAUCAUCUACUUCCUGAGCUACGUGCCCUACAUGUACGUGGCUAUCCGUGAGGAGGUGGCCCACGACAAGAUCACCGCCUUCGAGAAGUGCAUCGCGUCCCUGAUGUCCACGACGGCCUUCGGCCUGGGCUCCAAGUACUUCGCCCUGUACGAGGUGGCGGGCGUGGGCAUCCAGUGGCACACCUUCAGCCAGUCCCCGGUGGAGGGGGACGACUUCAACCUGCUCUUGGCUGUCGCCAUGCUGAUGGUGGACGCGGUCGUCUACGGGGUGCUCACGUGGUACAUUGAGGCUGUGCACCCAGGCAUGUACGGGCUGCCCCGGCCCUGGUACUUCCCACUGCAGAAAUCCUACUGGCUGGGCAGCGGGCGGACGGAGGCAUGGGAGUGGAACUGGCCGUGGGCGCGCGCCCCCCGCCUCAGCGUCAUGGAAGAGGAUCAAGCCUGCGCCAUGGAGAGCCGGCGCUCGGAGGAGACCCGGGGCAUGGAGGAGGAACCCACCCACCUGCCGCUGGUGGUCUGCGUGGACAAGCUCACCAAAGUCUAUAAGAACGACAAGAAGCUGGCUUUGAACAAGCUGAGCCUCAACCUCUAUGAGAACCAGGUCGUGUCCUUCCUGGGCCACAACGGGGCUGGCAAGACCACCACCAUGUCUAUCCUCACCGGCCUAUUCCCACCUACGUCGGGCUCAGCCACCAUCUAUGGGCACGACAUCCGCACAGAGAUGGACGAGAUCCGCAAGAACCUGGGCAUGUGUCCCCAGCACAACGUGCUCUUCGACCGGCUCACGGUGGAGGAGCACCUCUGGUUCUACUCGAGGCUCAAGAGCAUGGCCCAGGAGGAAAUCCGCAAGGAGACGGACAAGAUGAUCGAGGACCUGGAGCUCUCCAACAAACGGCACUCGCUGGUGCAGACGCUGUCCGGCGGCAUGAAGCGCAAGCUCUCGGUGGCCAUCGCCUUCGUGGGCGGCUCCCGGGCCAUCAUUCUAGAUGAGCCCACGGCCGGCGUGGACCCCUAUGCGCGCCGCGCCAUCUGGGACCUGAUCCUGAAGUACAAGCCAGGCCGCACGAUCCUCCUGUCCACCCACCACAUGGACGAGGCUGACCUGCUUGGGGACCGCAUUGCCAUCAUCUCCCACGGGAAGCUCAAGUGCUGCGGCUCGCCUCUCUUCCUCAAGGGCGCCUACGGGGACGGCUACCGCCUCACGUUGGUCAAGCGGCCUGCCGAGCCAGGGGGCCCCCAAGAGCCAGGGCUGACAGCCAGCCCCCCAGGUCCGGCCCAGCUGAGCAGCUGUUCCGAGUCCCAGGUUUCCCAGUUCAUCCGCAAACAUGUGGCCUCCUGCCUGCUGGUCUCCGACACCAGCACCGAGCUCUCCUACAUCCUGCCCAGCGAGGCAGCCAAGAAGGGGGCCUUUGAGCGCCUCUUUCAGCACCUGGAGCACAGUCUGGACGCACUGCACCUGAGCAGUUUUGGGCUGAUGGACACGACACUGGAGGAAGUGUUCCUUAAGGUGUCGGAGGAGGACCAGUCGCUGGAGAACAGUGAGGCAGAUGUGAAAGAGUCCAGGAAAGAUGUGUUACCAGGGGCUGCGGACCCGGUAUCCGGGGAAGGUCCUGCCAGCAACCUGGCGCGGUGCGCGGAGCUGGCCCAGUCACAGGCGUCGCUGCAGUCUGCAUCCUCGGUGGGCUCUGCCCGUGGUGACGAGGGGGCUGGAUACACCGAUGUCUACAGCGACUACCGCCCUCUCUGUGACAACUUGCAGGACCCUGACAAUGUCAGCUUGCAAGAGGCAGAGGCGGAGACCCUCACGCGGGUCGGCCAGGGCAGCCGCAAGCUGGAGGGCUGGUGGCUGAAGGUGCGCCAGUUCCACGGGCUCCUGGUGAAGCGCUUCCACUGUGCCCGGCGCAACUCCAAGGCACUGUCCUCUCAGAUCCUGCUCCCCGCCUUCUUCGUCUGCGUGGCUAUGACCGUGGCGCUCUCUGUCCCAGAGAUCGGCGACCUGCCCCCGCUGGUCCUGUCCCCCUCUCAGUACCACAACUACACGCAGCCCCGUGGCAACUUCAUCCCCUAUGCCAACGAGGAACGCCGGGAAUACCGCUUGCGACUGUCCCCCGAUGCCGGGCCCCAGCAGCUGGUGGGCACCUUCAGGCUGCCAUCGGGUGUGGGAGCCACCUGUGUGCUCAAGUCUCCGGCCAACGGCUCGCUGGGGCCCACGCUGAACCUGAGCAGCGGUGAGUCGCGCCUGCUGGCCGCACGGUUCUUCGACAGCAUGUGCUUGGAGUCCUUCACCCAGGGGCUGCCGCUGUCCAACUUCGUGCCGCCCCCACCCUCGCCCGCCCCGUCCGACUCCCCUGUGACCCUGGACGAGGACCUGCUGCCCACCUCCGGGUCAGAGAACUGGACCUCGGCGCCCUCCCUUCCACACCUGGUGCGGGAGCCCGUCCGCUGUACCUGUUCUGGGCAGGGCACUGGCUUCUCCUGCCCGGGCGGUGUGGGUGGGCACCCACCCCAGAUGCGGGUGGUCACGGGUGACAUUCUGACUGACAUCACGGGCCACAACGUCUCCGAGUACCUGCUCUUCACCUCUGACCGCUUCCGGCUGCACCGGUACGGGGCCAUCACCUUUGGCAACGUCCAAAAGUCCAUCCCAGCCUCAUUUGGGGCCCGAGCCCCGGCUAUGGUGCGGAGGAUCGCAGUACGCAGGGCUGCCCAGGUUUUCUACAACAACAAGGGCUACCACAGCAUGCCCACCUACCUCAACAGCCUCAACAACGCCAUCCUGCGUGCCAACCUGCCCAAGAGCAAGGGCAGCCCUGCGGCCUACGGCAUCACCGUCACCAACCACCCGAUGAACAAGACAAGUGCCAGCCUCUCUCUGGAUUACCUGCUGCAGGGCACCGACGUAGUCAUCGCCAUCUUCAUCAUCGUGGCCAUGUCCUUCGUGCCGGCCAGCUUCGUGGUCUUUCUGGUGGCCGAGAAGUCCACCAAGGCCAAGCACCUGCAGUUUGUCAGCGGCUGCAACCCCGUCAUCUACUGGCUGGCCAACUACGUGUGGGACAUGCUCAACUACCUGGUCCCGGCCACCUGCUGCGUCCUCAUCCUGUUCGUGUUCGACCUGCCGGCCUACACUUCCCCCACCAACUUCCCGGCUGUGCUCUCCCUGUUCCUGCUCUACGGGUGGUCCAUCACACCCAUCAUGUACCCGGCCUCCUUCUGGUUUGAGGUUCCCAGCUCGGCCUAUGUGUUUCUCAUUGUCAUCAACCUCUUCAUCGGCAUCACUGCCACCGUGGCCACCUUCCUGCUGCAGCUCUUUGAGCAUGACAAGGACCUGAAGGUUGUCAACAGUUACCUGAAGAGCUGCUUCCUCAUCUUCCCCAACUACAACCUGGGCCACGGGCUGAUGGAGAUGGCGUACAACGAGUACCUCAACGAGUACUACGCCAAGAUCGGCCAGGUUGACAAGAUGAAGUCUCCCUUUGAGUGGGACAUCGUCACCAGGGGCCUGGUGGCCAUGACCGUCGAGGGCUUUGUGGGCUUCCUCCUGACCAUCAUGUGUCAGUACAACUUUCUGCGGCAGCCGCAGCGCAUGCCCGUGUCCACGAAGCCCGUGGAGGACGACGUGGACGUGGCCAGCGAGCGGCAGCGAGUGCUCAGGGGAGAUGCAGACAACGACAUGGUCAAAAUCGAGAACCUGACCAAG